AUAAUUGCAAAGCUAUUAGCUAAUCGGCUUUGUAAAGUUCUACCGAAGAUUAUUGGGGAGCAGCAAAUGGCAUUCAUCGGAGGCAGACAGUUGGUAGAUGGAGUUGUAGUGGCAAAUGAGGUAGUUGAUGAGGCAAAGAGGAAGAAGAAGAAGAGCUUCCUUCUCAAAGUCGAUUUCGAGAAAGCAUACAAUAAAGUAUGUUGGGAAUUUAUAGAUUAUAUGAUGAUGAGAAUGGGAUUCAAUGUUACUUGGAGGAAAUGGAUACAGGAGUGUCUACAAUCGAAAGGGCUUAAUGGGUUAGUGUCUUCUGUAGUGGGUAAAGAGCUAUAUAAGGGAGUGAUGGUAGGACACGGUGCUGUUUCAGUUUCUCACCUACAAUUUGCAGAUGAUACCAUAUUUUUUGGUGAGGCAUUGGAAGAUAACAUCAGGGCGGUUAAAUGUAUUAUGAGGAUUUUCGAGCUUGUCUUAGGGCUCAAAAUCAACUUCGGGAAGAGCCAGCUAAUGGGAGUUGGAGUUGAGGAGGAGUGGAGAGAGAAAAUGGCUAUUAGAUUAUGCUGUAAAGUGGGCGAUUUCCCAUUUAAAUACUUGGGGAUCCUUAUUGGAGGAAACCAUAGAAGGCUAACAAUGUGGCAACCAUUGGUGGAAUCUUUUAAAAGGAAGUUAGCAAGUUGGAAAGGUCGGCAUCUCUCUUUUGGCGGUCAAAUUACGCUCAUCAAUUCAGUGUUGUCUAGUCUACUUGUCUUCUGGAUGUCCGUUUACCUAAUCCCGAAAGGUAUACUUAUUUCUAUUGAUAAAAUUCACAGAAAUUUUCUAUGGGGAGGGGAGGGAGAAAAGAAAAAAAUUAAUUGGGUAAGCUGGGAUAAAGUGUGCAAACAAAAAGAGAAUGGAGGGCUGGGAGUGAGGAACUUGAGAAAGUUUAAUUUAGCGUUGAUGGGGAAAUGGUGGGGACGCUUAGCAUCAAGUAAAGAGGGAUUGUGGAGAGAAGUUAUGGAAGGAAAAUACGGGAAGGAAGGGGAUCAUUGGUUCAAUUGGGUAAGAGAGGGUAGAGGAGUAGGCUCACUAUGGUGGAGGGAUGUGUGUGCUCUCAACACAGUGAAUCGAGUUAGAGUAGGGUGGUUGGCAGAGGGAUUUAGGAUAAAAUUGGGGGAAGGGAUUAAUGUGAGUUUUUGGUGGGAUAGGUGGUGUGGGGAGGAGUGUCUUGCUAAUAAAUUUUCGAUAUUGUAUCUCUUAUCAAUACGAAAAGAGAAGGAAUGCAACCAAAUGGGCGAUACGAAUGAUGGAAUAUGGAAAUGGGACCUUGCAUGGAGAAGAGCUUUGUUCGAACGGGAAGAUGAUGCUGUUAAGGAACUAUACAAUACAAUAAAGACAUAAGGCUCUCACCAGGCAAACCCGACAAGUGGGUGUGGGUACAUAGCAAGGAUGGCCAAUACUCAACCAAAUCAGCUUACUCAUUGUUGAUAAAGGAGCAGAGUGGAGUAGAGGGAGGUUCAACCUUCAAGAGAGUCUGGAACCUUCAAAAGAGUCUGGAAUCCCAUACUUUCGAACAAAAUAGUAGCGUUUAA